AUGGGCUACCGCGCCGCCAGGCACCUGCUGCAGGCACAUGCCAAAGUCUGGCAUCUCUACAACGAUCAUUUUCGUCCAACUCAAGGAGGCGAGGUAUCCAUUGCCCUUAGCUCUCACUGGAUAAAGCCUCAAUACAUGAGUGAACAAAAUAUUAAAGAAUGUCAAAAAUCCCUUGACUUUGUGCUUGGCUGGUUUGCUAAACCCAUAUUUAUAGAUGGUGACUACCCAGAGAGCAUGAAGAGUAACUUAUCAUCUCUUCUGCCUGAAUUCAGUGAAGCAGAAAAGAAGUAUAUCAAGGGAACGGCUGAUUUUUUUGCUCUUUCUUUUGGAGCUACACUGAGUUUCCAGCUCUUGGACUCUCACAUGAAAUUCCAGCAGGUAGAAUCAUUAAGCCUGCGGCAGCUCCUUUUCUGGAUAAACAGUGAAUAUAACCAUCCAAAAAUUUUCAUUGUGGAAAACAGCUGGUUUGUUUCUGGAAGCACCAAGAGAGAUGAUGCAAAGUAUAUGUAUUAUCUCAAAAAGUUCAUCAUGGAGACAUUAAAAGCCAUCCGGUAUGAUGGAGUUGAUGUCUUUGGAUACACUGUUUGGUCUCUCAUGGAUGGCUUUGAAUGGCACCGAGGAUAUAGCAUUAGACGUGGAUUAUAUUACGUUGAUUUUGAAAGCCAUGACAAGAAAUUUAUGCCAAAGUCUUCAGCCUUGUUCUACCAAAAGCUAAUAGAAAAAAAUGGCUUCCCGCCUUUGCCUGAAAAUCAACCAAUAGUUGGGAUGUUUCCAUGCAACUUUGCUUGGGGAAUUGUUGACAACUACAUUCAAGUAGACAUAAUUCCUUCCCAGUUCCUUGACCCUAACGUGUAUUUGUGGGAUGUUCACCAAACUAAGAAACUUAUUAAAGUUGAUGGGAUUCUUGCCCCAAAACGCAAGCGUCAUUGUGUUGACUUUGCCGCUAUUAGACUACAGAUCUCUCUGCUGCAGGAAACGCAUGUCACACAUUUCCAUUUUUCACUGAAAUGGUCUUUGAUUCUUCCUUUGGGUAACCUGUCUCUAAUCAACCACACGCUUUUACAUUAUUAUCAGUGCUUUGUUAGUGAACUUCUCCGAGUCAAUAUAACUCCAGUUGUUGCUCUGUGGCAGCCUAUGGCAGAGAACCAAGGGCUUCCUCUCUCAUUAGCAAAAUAUGGAGCCUGGGAGAACACAGAGACUAUCCAAGCCUUUGUUGAGUAUGCCAGGCUCUGCUUUAAAAAUCUUGGUCACCGUGUCAAAUUUUGGAUCACAAUGAAUGAACCCUAUGUGAGGAACCUGACUUACACUGCAGGGCAUAAUCUGUUGAAAGCCCAUGCUAAGGCCUGGCACCUAUAUGAUAAAGAGUUCAGAAGAUCUCAGAAAGGUAAAAUAUCUAUAGCUCUGCAAGCUGAUUGGGCGGAGCCAGCCUGCCCAUUUUCCAAAAAUGAUCAAGAAGUUGCUGAUAGACUUUUGGAAUUUGAUAUUGGAUGGCUUGCCGAGCCCGUCUUUGGGAAUGGUGACUACCCCCGUGUGAUGAGAGAAUGGCUUCACCAAAGAAACAGUGUUGAUUUAUAUAAUUUCCAUUUGCCUUAUUUCUCUGAAGACGAAAAGAAAUUAAUCCAAGGCUCAUAUGAUUUUUUUGCCUUAAGUCAUUAUACGACUAUCCUCGUGGACUGGGAAAAAGAAGAUCCACUGAAAUAUGAUCACUACCUUGAAGUUCAAAUGAUAAAUGACAUCACGUGGCUGAACUCCCCCAGCAGAACUGCUGUGGUGCCUUGGGGGUUGCGGAAAUUGCUCAAGUGGAUUAAAUCUAAGUAUGGUGAUGUCCCAAUUUAUAUUUUAGCCAAUGGAAUUGAUGAUGAUCAGAAUGUGGUUCAUGAUAAGCUGAGAAUAUAUUACAUACAGAAUUAUAUCAAUGAAGUUUUAAAAGCCUACACUCUGGAUAAUGUCAAUGUACAGGGAUAUUUUGUCUAUUCUUUUAAUGACAGGACUGCUCCUAAAUAUGGCCUCUAUCGUUACGUUGCAAAUCAGUAUGAACCGAAGCCUUCCAUGAAACAUUACAGAGAAAUAAUUGACAAUAAUGGUUUUCCCAGUCCAGAAACUCCUGAAAGAUGGUGCCCAGAAGAGCUUGCUUCAUGUCCUGAAUGCAGCUUUUUCCGAACCAGAAAAUCUUUAUUAGCUUUUAUUUCCUUUAUUUUUUUUGCUUUCAUUGUUACCAUAUUCUUCAUUAUUUACCACUCCAGGAGGGAUGAAAGAAGGUAUAAAUAAUGCUGCUGCUUUAGCUACAGCACUGACUACUAUGUUGCUUGCAUUCCUUUGGGAACUCUCAAAUAAUUAUAUAGUAAUGUUGUAAUCACUUCGGCACUAGGGAGCCCUUUGCACUGCCUAAUACUGUGAAACAUUAAAGCUGAAAAUGGAUUGUGAACACAGGAAAUCCUUUUCUGGGUUUUGGUAUAUUUGUGACCUAGAUUCUAGUGGUCAAAUUUAUCUCAACUUCAGCUGGAGACCUUUCUUUGAGCAGAUUAUUUUUCCUUGUACGCAAACGCAUUGCUAACCAAGACCUAUAUUAGUUUAACUGUGAAGACACUAACCAAUUAAUCCACUUGGACAUAAAUUGCUUUUUGUGGAGUAAUAGAAAAAUCUAGAUGCCAAGUUCUCAGGAGAAAGCUGGAUGAGAAAGAUGAUAAGCUGUCUUCCUGGUUAGAUUUUACUCAAGUAUCACCUGACUAAAACCAACAUUCAGCUGUAAUAUAGAAGAAGACUAAAUAGAAUUAGACUAAGUAACUAGACAUCACAAAAGGAAAAAAAUAGUUCUGUUGCCAAACCAUAUCAGGGAGUAAGGACAUUGGGAUUCUGUUUUUGCUUUGCUAGUGACUUUGAAAGGUUGGCUUCUGGCAUCACAUUCCUUACCCACAUUGUAUCAGUUGGUGUUGGCAACCUCCCACAAUGCAGUGCAUACUUUUCUGUUUCUGACCUAAACCAGUCAUUGGAAAAGAGCAGCAAAGUGAAUUGGGUCAUGUUUUGAGGGCAGGAGAGCUGGCCCCUAGCAAGGAAGAAGGGCUUAUGCCUUGGAGAUGGGGAAGGGCUAGGGAGGGAUCUUGUUCUAUUUCAGUUGGUGGACAAGGAGCAGGAACACCAUGGGGAUAUAGUGCAUUUCCCAAUGGCAGAUGGAAAAGCUGAAUAGAUUUCUUCUGCCUCUGGUAUCAGGAAACUGUAUACCUGAAAAUGGGGGCAGGGCUAUCACAGCAUUUAGUAUCCAGAAACUUUCACUCCUAUUUGUUGUCUUCUCCUAACAUUUAAU